CUAGGCUCCCAACUAUGGCCCAGCAUGACCCGUUUGAUGGUGGCAAUGAUGGCUUGGGACAUCUCCCAUGGCCUUUGGGCGCCAGGAGUACCUCCAUACCUGCUGCGCUGCGAUCCCUUGUCGCCGAGCCAAGAGUUCUUCAAAGAGGAAGUCCCUUUCAGCAUUCCAGCACCGCGUCUUUGUUCAGGAGCUCGCUUCCUACCAGUUUCCUUUGCCAUCCCAAAGGAGGAUGUCUUGCCCUGUGUGCCAGAGAAAUUCAUGGAUUUUGCUCCGCUGGUUCCAGGCUUAGAGGAGUCUUACGUUUUUCCCAUGACGUCAUAUGGAGAGAUGGAGUACAAGAGGAUGUACCGAGAAUCACGGUUUGGCGUAACAAAGCGCCGAGCAGGCUGGGAAACGAUGCGCAUCUAUGAGAUCCUGGCAUGCGGCUCGGUUCCGUACAUCCAUGCCGCAAACGAAAUCCCGGAUGCUGCACUGGUGUAUGUGAACAAGACGCUUCUUAGGCAAGCCCAGCAAUUAGUGGCGAAUGCGGGCCAACCACCGCGAGAUGCCUUCAGCACGCCUACAGUGGACAGUUUGGAUUUGACCAAAUAUGUAGCACUGGCAGCUGCCUGGCAGCAAGAAACACAAGCAGCUAAGCAACUUGACUAUCGAAGCUGCAGGUACGACAGUAGGGAAGAACUUCAAACCAAACAACUAGAAAACAACAUCAACAUGCCAAGAAACGUUGUACCACGAGGAUACCACCGGAUGACGACCCCAAGGCUGAGCUCUUGCGCCACACGCAGCAGCACCUCACCACAGAGGUCAAGUUUGGAAAGCAGGGCACUGCAUUGUCUAGGACCCUAGGAAUAUUGCUGAUAUAAUUCUAUAUUCUGUAUAUGGCAUCAUAGAAUGAAUCAUGAAAGGUUGUAUGUGGGAGUCAACCAGAACCAUACACGCUUGACAAACUUGUUCACUUUGUGUUCCAGUCUGCGGUCAAAACGGGGUUUGCCUCCUUUUGGCAGGGAUGGUCAUCCAUCUCUUGAUGGCACUUCAAUACAACCACAACAGCAACCCUGUCAAAUGAGUUUGACAAUGGCACACAUGGAUGCUGAAGUGCGACUCAGCACAUGUCAACACAUAGCCCACUGUUUCUUGCAGAGUUUUUCUGGUACCUACUGCUUAGCCCCUACAACGUGCGUGAUUGUCACACUCAGAGUUAUAUGAGCUCGGAUGGACGGCUUUUGACAGGCGUUGGCAAAAUAUAUUUUGACGUCCUAUGGAAAGCCGGUUUCCACUGCACUCUAUGUCUCAGGAUGCUUCCUGCCAGCAAGCAAUUCUCCUUGCUUUCGCCUACAAUACACUUUGGCAUGGUUUGCACCAGUCCACCAUGUUUUACCGAUGAAGGUGAACUUGCUCCUUAUAUUAUGCUCCGCCCUUUGCGUCCCAAAAAGAUCAAAAAGGGGUCAUACUAAGGGACACGUUAAUAUGAAGGAAUAUUCUCAAAUUGAGUGGUCUUAUAUCACCUGUGCCAGAGGUGCGUUUCUUGCUGGAGGAGGAGUCCUCUAGGACUAUCACAAACUUGUUUUUUAGCACCGAUUGCAUCACAUCGUGCUGGCUAGGUUUUCAUGGAGACUAUCUGUGCUAUGUGUGCCCUUAGUUGCACAUUCGUGACAUUCGCUGAUUUGGCGCGACCACAUGGUCAGUAUGGACUCGCGGAUGUUUUGCGGACACACUUGUGGAAAUUCAUGUUUAGCAGCAGAAGCAACACUUACCCCCCAUCAUCCUGCACCCUAGAAGGCUCGUUUCAAGCUUGCAGUACAGGUCCAAUCUUUCCCAUGUGUCAAGCUACGGUUGAAAAAGGUGUCAAAGAGAAGCAAACCAGAAGCAAGUUCUUGUGUGACCUCAUUUUGCUUAAUUACAUUGACAAUCAUUGACAUGACAUGUUUUUUGUUAACGUUUCACUUUCUUCAGAGUUGCUUUUGAUCAAUCCAAGGGCGUUGCAUGGCCUGCGCAGAGUGCUGGG